ACUCAGUCUACUUCGAGGAGCCGUUGGUGCGGUUCGAGUGCAGGGACUCGACGGGUGAUGAUGAAAAUGCCGGCGAACGUCGCAUCUCGCUACUGCUACACGACCGAAACGGGCAGUCCACUUCCAAAUGAAGUGCCGUGGCUGUCCUCGAAGCGUGCCGAAGAGCGGUGGAAGUGGAGCUAUAAGAACGAAAAGGAUGCGGCUGACGCCCAAGGAAUUGGAAGGCCUACUGGUGCACCAGGCAGGGUAUUUGGCUCAGAAGCGAUUGGCGCGCGGCCUGCGGCUCAAUCAUCCCGAAGCUGUGGCGCUCAUCGCUUGUCAGGUACAAGAGAUGGCCAGGGAUGGACUUACUGUCUGUGAAGCAACAAAGAAAGGACGAGAGCUUUUAGGCAGAAAUCAAGUAUUGCCUGGGGUGCCAGAGCUGAUUCCUGAAAUGACAGUUGAAGCGACAUUCACAGAUGGCACCAAGCUUGUGUAUUUGGAGUUUCCAAUCUGUCGACGCAAUGGGGACCUGGAAAGUGCUCUAGAAGGAAGCUUUCUUCCUGUUCCUGAUGUGUCCCUAUUUGAAAAGAGGAAGCCUGAUGUCCUGGCGAGGGUUGCCCCUUUGUCAUUGGACCAGUUGGAUCAAGAAACAGUCCAACUGCUGAACAGUGUGCCUGGAAAAGUUUUGCCCUUGGAGCAGGACUCUGACAUCUUAAUUAAUGAGGGCCGAACAAUAUACUCUAUUCGUGCUGUCAACACAAGCGAUCGCCCCAUACAGGUUGGCAGUCAUUACCCUUUCAUUGAGGCAAACAAGUACCUCGUGUUCGACAGAGAGAAAGCUUAUGGAAUGCGACUGAACAUUCCUGCUGGCAUGUCCAUUCGCUUUGAACCUGGAGACGCCAGGAAUGUCCCGCUCGUGGAAAUUGCUGGUUCAAAAAUCGUUCGAGGUGGAAACAACCUGUGCGAUGGUGAAGUGUCGAACAGAAACCUUCCGUCUGUGAUGGAGAGGGUUCGAGCGGGAGGCUUUGGUCACAGAAAGCAGGAGCAAGUGCACGUCACAAAACCACACAAGAUGUCGCGGACGGACUACAUUGCCAGCUUUGGGCCUACAGUUGGCGACAGGAUAAAACUUGGGGACACGUGCCUGGUGAUCGAAGUUGAAAAGGACUAUACGCAGUAUGGGGAUGAAGUCAAGUUUGGUGGUGGAAAGGUGAUACGAGAUGGCCAAGGGCAAGCAGCUGGUCGCAACCCGGAGGAAGUCCUCGAUGUGGUCAUUACGAAUGCUGUCAUCGUUGAUGCACUUUUGGGUGUGGUGAAGGCCGACAUUGGAAUCAAGGGCAACGAAAUUGUUGGCAUCGGGAAAGCAGGGAACCCCGACAUAAUGGCGGGAGUAGACCCGAAGCUCAUCAUUGGCUGCAGCACGGAAGUUGUGGCCGGCGAGGGCCUCAUCGUGACGGCUGGUGCCAUAGACACGCACGUGCACUACAUCUGCCCUCAGCUGGUCGAGCAGGCGAUUGCUGGUGGCAUCACAACCCUGAUAGGUGGUGGCUCGGGGCCAGCGGAAGGGUCCCGUGCAACCACAUGCACUUCGGGGGCAGAAAACAUUCGGAACAUGAUGAUGAGCACAGACAGCAUGCCACUGAAUUUUGGAUUCACUGGCAAAGGAAACACUUCAUACACUGAAGGCCUUGCACCUGAGCUCGUAUCUCAAGUGGAAGCUGGUGCGAUGGGGCUGAAGUUGCAUGAGGACUGGGCUGCUACUCCUGCGGCCAUCGAUGCAUGCCUUCACGUUGCCGACUAUUACGACAUCCAGGCCAUGAUUCACACAGAUACGCUGAACGAGUCGGGUUGCCUGGAGCAGACCAUAGAGGCAUUUGAUGGGAGAACAAUCCAUGCGUACCAUGCAGAGGGCGCCGGAGGUGGCCACGCACCAGACAUCAUCAGCAUCUGCGGGGAGCCCAACGUCCUGCCCUCGUCAGCGAACCCAACCAGACCGUACACGCGGAACACCGUCGAAGAGGCGCUCGACAUGCUCAUCAUCUGCCACCACUUGGACAGGAAUGUCAAGGAAGACUUGGCUUUUGCCGAGUCUCGGAUCAGAGUUGAAACUAUUGCUGCUGAAGAUGUACUACACGAUGUCGGUGCCAUCAGCAUCUAUACAUCAGAUGCACUCGCCAUGGGUAGAAUUGGUGAAGUCGUGAGCAGGGCCUGGCAGACUGCUGACAAGAUGAAGAUCUGUCGGGGCAAGCUGAAGGAGGACUCAUCGAGCAAUGACAAUUUCAGAGUUCUUCGAUACCUUGCCAAGUACACCAUCAACCCUGCCCUGGCUCAUGGAAUCGACUACUACGUUGGAUCCGUUACGCCUGGUAAGAUUGCUGAUCUAGUGCUGUGGAAGCCUUCUCUUUUUGGAGCCAAACCCGAAACUGUGAUGAAAGGAGGCCAGAUAAUAUCUGCUCAGAUAGGUUUGGCGAAUGGAUCCAUUCCGGUCUGUGAGCCAAUUAUUAUGAGAGACAUGUACGGUGCUCGUGGGCUCUCAGUUGGAAAGAACUCCGCUGUGUUUGUAUCCAAGGUCUCUCUAGAAAAGGGCAUUGUUCUCGACUACAGGAUUAAGAAGAUGCUCUUGCCUGUGUCCGGCUCGAGGAAGCUGAGGAAAGCGGACUUCGUGCACAACAGCUUGACUCCGAAGUUGUCAGUGAACCCAGAGACGUACGAUGUCGAGUGGAUAAGAUCCGAAAACGGCGAGGAAAUUAGAGAACAUCUGACGGUGCCAGCAUCAGACCACAUUCCUCUCGCUCAAAAGUACUUCCUAUUUUGAUGGAAUGGCCUUGGUGUGUGUACAUAUGUAGAUA